GCCCAAUGUUGACAACUUCCUAUUGGACAAUGUUGCGUGUGUUAUAAUGUUGGCCUGUGGUCAAUGAAGGGAUAGGAAGCAAGCUAAAUGACCAGUCUGAAUGCGAAAAGUCCUCUAUGAAUCCUUCUUCUAGUUUCCAUCAGCCCGAUUUUCAUUAAUCUAUUGUUUAUUUGUGGUUGAAAUUUUCUCUGCUAGGCUUGAUAUGAAUUCUAAAGAGUCAGUUUAUCUCAUUUAACAACAUCAUUAUUAAAAUCUAUAGCUCAUCAGAACGAUUCAUUCUUCCUUGUUCACAAAUUCUUCGAAUCCGUUAGAGCACACGCCAUCGUCCUCAGAAGUUUUUGGUACAAUCACGGUUCAAUCGAACUUUGGAAUUUUAAUUGUGUUGCCAGUUUUGAUCGUCCUGAUGCGGCGGAUCAUGAAGAGGAUGCCACAGAAUCUUGAUAUAGGAGCAGAGAUUAAUGCUAUCAUGAGAGGCCGGUUACCGCAAAGGGAGAUGGGGCCUCAGGAGGCAAGAAGAACAGAAUCUGCAGGACGUGUGGACGGAUCAGGAACAGUGGAGAUAUGCAUCCAAGACAUGCUGAAAGAAAAACCCGUCCGCUUUUCUCCUCAACAACUUGCAGCUUUUACCCAGAAUUUUUCUACCAAACUUGGUUCAGGCGGCUUUGGACACGUCUACAGAGGAGUCCUUCCUGAUGGGGUACAGAUAGCCGUAAAAGUACUCAAACACAACAGAGGCCAAGACAAAAGAAUGGAAGAGCAGUUCAUGGCUGAAGUGAGUACCAUCGGAAGAACUUACCACAGAAACCUGGUCAGGCUCUAUGGUUUCUGCUUUGAUUCUCAGCUCAAAGCGCUAGUCUAUGAGUACAUGGAAAAUGGAUCACUUGACACUGUCUUGUUUGGCAGGGAGCAUAGAAUCGAGUGGGAAAAGUUGUACGAAAUUGCGGUUGGCGCAGCCAAGGGGCUUAAGUACUUGCACGAUGAUUGCCACAAAAGGAUCAUUCACCAUGAUAUAAAGCCCGGAAAUGUUCUGCUUGAUUCCGAUUUCUGUCCCAAGCUUGCAGAUUUUGGACUAGCCAAGCUCUCCAAUAUGGACAGCACACAUGAAAACUUCUCGGGUGGGGGCACUCCAGGAUAUGCUGCCCCAGAGGUUUGGAUGCCAUUUCAAGUGACUUACAAGUGCGAUGUUUAUAGCUUUGGGAUGAUGCUAUUCGAGAUUGUUGGACGAAGAAGGAACUUUUACAACUUCCCCGGUGAGGACCAAGACUGGUUUCCAAGACGGGUCUGGGACAAAUUUGACGAGGGAGAAUUGGAGGGGCUUCUGUUGGAGAGGGGGAUCAAGGAGAAGGCGAUGGUGAAAGCCAAGAAAAUGUGCAUGGUAGCUUUGUGGUGUGUCCAAUACCUCCCUCAGGACAGACCUUCCAUGGAUCAAGUGUUGAAGAUUUUAGAGGGCGGAGACCAAAUUACAACGCCUAAAAACCCAUUUCAGCAUUUGGCAUUAUCAUCUGAUAUGCCACCUAUCAGCAUUGAGAGCAGCACAAACUUUAGGAGUGAUGAAACCACUGACAAUAGUAGCGCUUGGCUCAUGAACAAGUACGAAAGGGAAGGAGGCAUCUUCAUCUGGAUGAACUAAAGGUCUUCCACAGUGUAAUCCAAUUGAUACUCCUUGAUGUAAUUGGGUGUAUAAUACUGCUGUAUAGCAAAAAUUCUCAGCUGGUAGCCUAUCUCA